CUUCACUCUAAGCGUCACCAGUGAGUCACUGGCUGGAAGGUAUCCGUGUUGAUAUCUGCAGCCCGAUCUACGUUGCGGGUUAUCCUGCAAUUUCCCUGCUCCUCGUCAUGCAAGCGAUACUCAACGCUCCACAACACCGCGGACCGUCAUGGACCGCAAGCGAAAACGAGAACUACGUGACCUAAAUCUUCGCGUCUGGACAGGCGCAAAAGACGUCUAUGAUGUCGCUCCCUCCUUCGACUCAUCCUUGAAGAAGAACACUGCUUUCAUUAAGCGUCUCCGCACUGGUAUAUCCUCGUCUGGUCAAGAUACCUUUCUCUUGGAAAUACGGACACUAUCCCUGCAAAAAUACCUUUCGGAGAUCAUUUCAGCGACGGCCGAGGGGUUGAGCAGACUCAAAACCGCCAGUGAAAUCGCCGCUGCAGCAGAGAUCGUCAGUGCACUUCACCAAAGAUUUGGACCCGAAGAGUACACAAAGAAGUUGGGAUGGCUGCUAGGCAAGGGGUUGACUCCUCCGGACAAGGCUCAGGUCAAACUCUGGACUGCUGAAGUCCGUGAACGUGAGGAAAAGGAACGGCUGCAGCGUCAUCGCAUUCUGCUACGAGUUGUCACAGAGUUCUGGCUUUGUGGUAUACUUCGAGGGUUAGAUGAUGUCGACCGGCCAGACGAUGUCUCAACUAGAGGCAAAGAAGCACCAACGCAGGCGGGGAGCAAAGUAGCGCCUCUCGCAAACGGCAUCAAAAGUGACACUCACGCCGAACAUGAACCAUUUCCUUUGGAAGUGCUCAAGGAAUUACUCGGCCAUGAUCCUGAACAUGCCAACCUGAGUCUCGCGGUGCUCUUUGUGAAGAACUUUGCAUGGGAUGUUCUGGGUCUCAGAUCUCCUACGGACGAAGGCCGGAAAACCGUUGACGCGGAUGGUGCCGUUUUAGAGACGCCGCGGGAGGCUUCAGCCUCUAACGACGCCAACGAAGAUGAUGCACCAAUAAUUCCACCACCUGUCCGACAGCGGUUCGUGAAUGUUUUUGAACGCUAUUUGUCGAGUGUAAAGAGUCAUGUCAUACGAGAUCAGAAGACGUUGAACAAUCAGAGUCGCCGAAACGCCGAAGCCUACGUCAAGAGUGGUGAAAUUUUUGAAGAUAGACAGGCCAAUUUCGAGAAGCAGGCGAAGGCCCAAGAGAAACUGGUCGCUAACGCUCAAAUCCUAUGCGACGUACUUGGACAGGAGAUGCCAGAUCUCGCAGAGAAAGACGGCACUGAGACUGCGGUUUCAGGUACCGUUGGAAUGAUCAAGACCGGCGAAUAUCUGAAAGACUCAGCUGAAGGCGCUGGUAUCUGGGAAGAUGAAGAGGAGCGUCGCUUUUACGAGAAUUUAGUGGACCUCAAAGGCCGGGUGCCAGCAAUUCUUCUUGAGGACUCCAAGAAGAAGUCCGAAACGGACGACCGCACGGAUACGACCGCAUCUGAGAGCAGCAAGCUUUCAGAAGCCGACGAUCAGUCAACCGCCAUCGCUAACAAGUCUGUGGGGGCCCAAGUCGAUGCCAUCCUUAUCCGAUUGCCCGAACUUCAGACUAAAGACAUGGUGGAUCAGGUCGCUCUCGACUUUUGUUUCCUCAACUCCAAAGCGUCUCGCAACCGACUCAUCAAAUCGUUACAGGAGGUUCCGAAAGGUAGAACAGACCUGCUUCCCUUGUACGGGCGACUUGCUGCUACUCUCGGCCAGUAUAUGCCAGACAUCAUUCAAAGCUUGAUCUCCCACCUCGAUGAUGAGUUCCGAAGCCUGCAACGACGGAAGACAAAGGACUUCCUCGGCCAAGUUCGACUACUGAACGUCCGUUAUCUCGCCGAACUCACCAAGUUUGGCAUUGUCCCAGAACAUGUGAUCUUUCACUGUUUCAAAGUCAGCCUUGACGAUUUCUCCCGAAUGAACAUCGAGAUGCUUGCACAUCUACUGGAGAAUUGUGGAAGGUACCUUUUGCGAAACCCGGAAACCUCUCCGCGAAUGGCAUCCUUCCUUGAGACAUUGAAUCGCAAGAAAUCUGCACAGCACCUCGGCAGCCAAGAGCGCAUGCUGAUCGAAAACGCACUGUACUACGUCGAUCCUCCCCAGCGAGCCGCGAUACAGCAGAAAGAACGAACACCAAUGGAGCUAUUCGUCCGUCAGAUGCUGUACCUGGAUAUGACAAAGCGCAAUUACAUGAAAUUGCUGAAAACCAUUCGCAAACUACACUGGGAAGAGAAGGAAGUCGUUCAAAUGCUGGAGAAAAUAUUCAGCAAACCGGCUAAAGUCAAGUUCAGCAAUAUCCACCUUCUGGCAGUCCUCCUCCAGGCGCUAUUCCGCUAUCACCAGGACUUUGCUAUCGGCGUCAUCGAUAAUAUUCUCGAACAGGUCACUCUUGGUCUCGAACAGAACGACUUCAAGUUCAAUCAGCGCAGAGUGGCUGAAGUUAAGUACCUCGGCGAGCUUUACAAUUACAAGAUGGUUGACUCGACCGUCAUAUUCGAUACGCUCUACCGUAUUGUCACAUUUGGCCAUGAGGGAGGCACUCCACAGCCCGACAAUUACACACCUUUCGAUCCUCCAGACGAUUUCUUCAGGAUCCGACUAAUCUGCACGAUCCUUGACACUUGCGGCAUUUGCUUCGAUAGGGGCAGUUCCCGAAAGAAGCUCGAUUUCUUUUUGACCUUCUUCCAAUAUUACAUGGCUACUAAAGAUCCUCUGCCGAUGGAGAUCGACUUUCUGGUACAGGAUACAUUUUCUCUUGUUAGGCCUGAUUGGAAGCUCGUAACAGACCUUGGAGAAGCUGCAAAGCUUUUUGCUGAAGCUGUCAGCGCCAAUUACAAGCAAUCGGCGUCAGAGAAGGCAGCUGAGCAGGCGGAGGAACUUGAAGACACCGGUUCGGACGAUGAUGCGCUUGGUGAAGGAGACGGUGAACUCGAACCGGAAGUGCCACAAUCCUCCGACGAAGAGGGCGAGGGCGGGAUUGAGGAAGAUGCUGGUGAAGAGAAACAGAACGAUGAUUCGGACGAAGAAGAGCAAAUUGUGGUGCUGCGCCAGGAAGAACAACUCGAUCCAGAAGCCGAGGCAGAUUUCGAUCGAGCCUUUGAGAGGAUGAUGAGCGAAAGCUUGGACUCUCGCAAAUUUGAGCGUCGCGCCCAGUUCGACGUGCCAUUGCCGAUUCGCAAAAUCCAGCGGCAACCUCUGGAGCCGACCGAUGAUGAACCGAAGACCCCCGUCGAAUCUGAGCCGAACACAAUGGCAUUUUCAUUGAUGACGAAGAAGGGCAAUCGCCAGCAGACCAAAACCAUUGAGCUGCCUUCGGAUUCGAGUUUUGCGGUUUCAAUGAAGUCGCAACAAGCAGCGGAAAGAGAGGAACAACAACGUAUCAAGAACCUAGUCUUGAAUUAUGAUCUGCGCGAAGAUGAUCAGCAUGAUGGACUCGACCACUACAACCCACCCCUCAGCCGUGCUGAGAAGUCUGGGCGCUACGCACCUAGAGCCAGAAGACUGAAUCUCAGUGAUGUGGACUGGACAUAAAAUCGGAGAUGUGGCCACGAUCGGCCAACCUUAUCAUCUUCACUCCACGACUAUCUGAGGGUACAGCAGACUUUCGGCAUCUGCAGUGCUGGAUCCUCUUGGAAAUGACUGAAUGGUCGAUAUCAGUAUGCCAGGCGUUUAGGGCAUUGCGACACGUAACGAAGUGUCUCCCAUAUCAGUCGAGCAGAGUGAUUAUCUUCAAGACCGCGCGACAAGAGGAGCGGUGCUUAUGCUGGAGAUCAGCAAGUUUGACGCUCAUGUGACCAGCAUGGGCACCAGUAUGUGCCCGGUCCGCGAGCGCCUCGAUGGGCUGAGGGGAGUGUGAGGAAAUGGCGCGGGCCAACUGUGUCCAAGGCGCUAUGGGCCGGUAACCGUGAGAUGUUUGUGGAGUUCCAUGGUGAACAAGGGCCUAGGACCUUGGAAGGAGAGCUCAAUCUUGUCAGAGCGGAUAUGGUUACUUGUGCUCAUCUGCCCACCGAACUCGGUCGGCCACCGAUCGACAUCCCAUUCGAGACCUGUGGUGGUGAUCAGAGUGCGUCCGAGGACGGGAAUGAUACCGACAUUCUCUGCAAAAUAUCCAGGCUCUAGAUGGAUUAGAUUGUUGCUGCUAGCUAGGACAAAUGACAAGCUUUGCUCCGACAACAGAUA